CUUUUAGGUGGUCUUUUUGUGAUCUGAUUCGUAGGGCGUGCGUAGAAUCAAAUUAAUUUCUCGAUUUAGUUAAUAUUGGCUCUUUUCUUUUUGAGUAGAUUUGCAGCUUAUAACACGAUAUAUUUCUUCGUUCGGUUGUAACAUAUUAUUUUAUUGUAAACAAGAAACUCGAUAAUAGAACUAAUUGAAAAUGGAUGGACCUCCUAGCCGGGGCUUCCGCGGCGGAGGACGUGGCGGACCCCCAGGGCCAAAUAUGCGGGGCAGAGGUGGAUUUGAUAUGCGUGGAAGAGGUGGCGGCCCUGGCAUGAGGGGACGUGGUGGACCCAUGAGAGGAGGACCUGGUGGACCACGAGGUUUUCGUGGUGGACCUAUGCGUGGUGGUGGUGACCGGGGAGGACGUAGCUUCCCACCAGGACCGCAGGGUCCAGGGCCCCAUCCAGUUCCAACUAUUGAGUCCAGAGGUGCACCACCCCAAAGAGGGUUCAAUAACAGAGGUGGGCCAGGUGGAAUGAGAGGACGUGGUGGAAGAGGGCGUGGGGAUUUUGGACCUCGUGGUGAUCGAGGCGGAGGGCGGGGUGGAAUGCCCAUGAGAGGUCGUGGAGGACGCGGAGGUCCUGGAGGUAUGCAAGGCGGCAGCAGUGGACCAGUCGGAGCCCCCGUCGGUGGUCCCAACAUGGUUCCACGGUCUGCACCCGCGCCACACCCCGGCCCCGGCCCCGCCCAACAACAAGGCCCGCCAUUUAAAAGAGGAGGAGGACCACCACACGGAGGUCCUGGUGGUCCACCCAAACGGGGAAGGUUUGAGGGACCACGGGGAGGAGGUGGUGGCCGACCACCACCAUCAGGUGGUUACCAACAGUCUACACAAUCCCACAAUGCACCUCCGUCCAAUGGUUAUGGACCACCAUCUCACACUGGCUAUCAACCUUACGAGGCACCAGCUCAAGAUCCUUAUGCCCAGCAGUCAUAUAACGCACCCAGCUCUUACCAAGGUAAUAACUAUUCGACGCCAACUCCAUCGCAACCGUCUGGUUACAAUUCCAGUGGGUACGGCUCUGGUGGCUACGGAUACUCUACUGGUGGCCAAAGUGGUUACGAAAAUGAUGGCUAUGGCGGAGGCACUGGCGGUGCCGGCGAUGCCGGCUACGGAGCUGGCGAGCCAGCUUACGGGGGCGCAGCUCCCGCCUACGACUCAUACUCUCAACCUUCGUACAACUCUUAUCAGCAGUCACAACCGCAAUACGGCAACAACUAUGGCAGUUGGUGAUCUGUUUGACUAUAACAGAAUAUGAUUUUCAACUUAUACCACACACUCGAAAUAUAAUAGCUGGAUCAAAUUUAUUGAAGCAUAAUGGGUAUAUAAUAUUUGUGAUAAUGCAAUGUUAGGUACAGUUAAGAGGUACAUAUGCAGUAUUUGAUAUUUUUUAAGAAUAUGACAGAUUAUUGACAAAAUUACAUAAUGUAUUUCUUUGGACUACGUAAUGUUAAUAUAGAAGGAAUAUUGGAUUUUAGGAAAAGAAAAUGUAUCAAGUACAUAACAAAUUCUUUUAAAGGUCAGUAACUAGCAAUUUACCUAUAUAAAAAAGUGUAAUCUACUAUUCUGUAGAUGAACAUAAUGAAAUGAUUUUAAUGGUAUGAUAGGUAGGUACCAUAUUGUUCUGUUUAGAUAAUAAGCACCAAAUAAAAUUGUGAAAGAAUUGUGUAUAUUUAUUUGAAAGAAAUUACUUUCUUAUUGCAUUCUUAUAAGACAUAAAAAUAAAUUAUAUCU